AUGUCAAAUUCAGAAGAAGAAUUAAUAACAUUAUUUAAUGAUUUUGGAUUUAAUGAAAAAAAAUCAAAAGAUAUUGCAAAAAAUAAAAAAGUAGCAUCAAAUUUAAAAGAUAUAUUAUCAAAAUCUUCAAUUUCAAAAUAUAAUGAUGAUAAAAAAUUAACAUUAUUACAUCAAUUAGCUAUAUUAGAAAAUAAAAAUGGUAAAAAUAUUCCUAAUAUUGAAUAUAUAAUUAAUGGAAUUAAUAAUGAUGAAAUAAAAACAAAUUUACAAAUUUCAGAAGGUAUAAAAUAUUUAUUAUCAAAUGAAUCAUCACCAAAUAAAAAAGAAUUUGAUGAAUUUACUGGAGUUGGAGUUGAAUUAAAUGAGAAUGAUGUUAAAUUGGAAAUUUCAAAAUAUCUUGAUUCAAUAGAUUCAAAAUUAAAAUCAGAAAGAUAUUCAAUUUUACCAAAAGUUAUGACUGAAAUUAAAUCUCAACCAUCUUUAAAAUGGGCACCACCAAAUUUAUUUAAACCUAUAUUAGAUGAAUUAUUUUUAGAAAGAAUUGGACCAAAAGAUGAAAGAGAUAUUAAAAAGAAAGAAAAAGCUCCAAAGAAAGAAGCAACCACCAAAACAAGCACCAACACAACACCUUCAGAACCAGAAAAGGAAAGAUCUAUGUUUUCUGAAGGAUUUCUUGGAGAUUUACAUAAACCAGGAGAAGAACCACAAAAAUAUCCAGAAUUAUUAAAUGAUCAUAAAAAAUUCAUUGAUGGAAAGGUAUAUACAAGAUUUCCACCUGAACCAAAUGGUUUUUUACAUAUUGGACAUUCAAAAGCAAUAAUGAUAAAUUUUGGUUUUGCACAAUUUAAUAAUGGUCUUUGUUAUCUUAGAUUUGAUGAUACAAAUCCUGAAGCAGAAGAAGCAAAAUAUUUUGAUUCUAUAAAGGAAAUGGUAAAUUGGUUAGGUUAUAAACCUUUUAAAAUUACUUAUUCAUCUGAUUAUUUUGAUCAAUUAUAUGAUUUAGCUUUAAAUUUAAUUAAAAUUGAUAAAGCUUAUGUUUGUCAUUGUACUUCAGAAGAAGUUAAAUAUAAUAGAGGACAAAGAGAAGACGGUAGUUUAGGAGCAGAGCGAAUUGCAUGUAAACAUAGAUCACAAUCUAUAGAAACUAACCUAAAAGAAUUUGAAAAUAUGAAAAAUGGAAAAUAUUCUAUUGGUGAAGCUACUUUACGUAUGAAACAAGAUCUUAAUAGUCCAUCACCUCAAAUGUGGGAUUUAGUUGCUUAUAGAGUUUUAAAUAAACCUCAUCAUAGAACAAAUGAUAAAUGGAAAAUUUAUCCAACUUAUGAUUUUACUCAUUGUUUAGUUGAUUCCCUUGAAAAUAUAACUCAUUCAUUAUGUACAACUGAAUUUGUUUUAUCAAGAGAAAGUUAUGAAUGGUUAUGUGAUACUUUAAAAGUUUAUAGACCUGCUCAAAGAGAAUAUGGUAGAUUAAAUUUAACAGGUACAAUAAUGUCAAAGAGAAAAAUUGCAAAAUUAGUUAAUGAAAAUUAUGUUAGAGGUUGGGAUGAUCCAAGAUUAUAUACUUUAGAAGGUAUAAAAAGAAGAGGUGUACCACCAGGUGCAAUAUUAUCAUUUAUAAAUACUUUGGGGGUAACUACAUCAACAACAAAUAUUCAAACUAUAAGAUUUGAAAGUUCAAUAAGAAAUUAUUUAGAUCAAACUACUCCAAGAUUAUUUCUUAUAUUAAAUCCUAUUGAAGUUCAUAUUGAUAAUUUAUCUGAUGAAUUUGAAUUAAAUAUUGAAAUUCCUUAUAAGCCAGGAAAAGAUUUAAAUAAUUUAGGUGAUAGAAAAUUAAAAUUUAAAAAUAAAAUUUUCAUUGAUAAAUCAGAUGUUAGAGAUUUUGAAGCAGAUAAAGAAUUUUAUAGAUUAGCUCCUGGACAACCAGUUGGAUUAAUGAAAGUUCCAUUUACUAUAAGUUUUAAAUCUAUUGAAACUCAAAAUGGUAAAACAAUAGUUCAUGUAAAUUAUGAUAAUAAUCAAGAAAAACCAAAAAAACCAAAAACUUAUAUUCAAUGGAUUCCUGUUAAUGAUUAUAUACCAAUAAAAGAAGUUAGAAUAUAUAAUCAAUUAUUUAAAUCAGAAAAUCCAUUAUCUAAUCCAGAAGGUUAUUUAUCGGAUAUAAAUUCUGAAAGUGAAACCGUGAUAAAUAAUCAAGCAAUAAUUGAAUCAAAUUUUAAAGAAAUUAUUUCAAAAUCACCAAUGAAUUUAAAAAUUCCCGGUUCACAAUUUAAUAUUGAUGAAACCUCUGGUAAUAAUACUAUUAGAUUUCAAGCUUUAAGAGAAGGUUAUUUUUGUGUUGAUAAAGAUUGUAAUUUGGAAAAAAACGAUGGUAUUAUAUUAAAUAGAAUUGUAACUUUAAAAGAAGAUGUCAAUAAAUAG